GGUUCCUGCCGUGCUGCCCGGGGGCCGGAGCCAGGAUGCUGCCGGUGCCCGCCGAGGUGACGGGGAUCCUGCUCGACCUGGAGGGCACCACCACCCCCAUCGCCUUCGUCAAGGACACUUUAUUUACGUACAUCAAGGAGAAUGUUAAAGACUAUCUGCGAACCCACUGGGCGGAGGAAGAGUGUCAGCAGGAUGUCGCUCUCCUGAGGAAACAGGCCGAAGAGGAUGCCCAGCUGGAUGGCGUCGUGUUGAUUCCCCGCGGGUCGGGGGAGGAGGCCGGCGGCGGCGGCGGCCCCGAGCCGACCAUCCAGGCCGUCGCGGACAACGUCUACUGGCAGAUGGCUCUGGAUCGAAAGACCACCGCUCUCAAACAGAUCCAGGGCCACAUGUGGAGGGCGGCUUUUGCGAACGGAUGCGUCAAGUCAGAGUUCUUCGACGACGUGGUCCCGGCCAUCAGGAAGUGGCGGGAAGCAGGAAUGAAGGUCUACAUUUACUCCUCGGGGAGCGUCGAAGCCCAGAAGCUACUGUUUGGACAUUCAACGGAAGGAGAUAUUCUCACCCUGGUGGACGGCCACUUCGAUACCAGGAUCGGGUCCAAGGUGGAGAGCGAGAGCUACAGGAAGAUCGCGACGAGCGUUGGGUGCUCCACUAACAAUAUCCUGUUUCUGACCGAUAUCCCGCGAGAGGCCCACGCCGCCGAAGAGGCCGACGUGCACGUGGCCGUGGUGGUGAGGCCCGGCAACGCGGGCCUGACGGACGACGAGAAGUCUUACUACAACCUGAUCGACUCCUUCAGCCAGCUGGUCCUGCCCGCCUCCACCUAGAGCCCUCCGGGAUGUCCCCCGGGGCCUCGGCCCUGCCCCGGGGACGGUCGUUGCAAAUUAAAAUGGCUUUACACGUUA